ACCCUUUCAACGGAUAUAACCCCUUCUGGACUCGUCCUCCUCCUCCUUCGCUACCGAAUCUUAACCCGACCCGAAUUCCAACUGCAGUUUUCCCCCAAAUUCUCACUCCCUUCUCCGAGAUGGCUCCUGCAAAUCCCGAAACCUGGACUCACGAACCCUCUAUCAUUAAGGAGGAUGAACUUCGAGAAAUGGUCGUGCUUCUGGGCAAGGCCUUCCAGGUCCACCAUCCCGAUGCCGUCGGGGGGAUUAGUUUAUCCUACAAUCCAAACCCCCAGAAGUAUAUGGUCAUGCAAUAUCACUCUGUGGAGAACGGGUUCAGAUUACCCCUCCAUGGGGAACCUUCUCCUGAAAGGUCAAAGGCUUCUCCUGCUAUAGAAUCCGGUCCAGCCGGGAGCUCCUCCGGGGUUCAAACCCUGGGUGACUUCACUGCCUUGGCCAUCCGCAAGCCGACUGUUGCUCUGGAGGCUGUCCCCAUCUCUGCUAUCCCUGGGCUGAGGAGGCCCAUUCCCCCCCUGUCUACUUCUUUAGGUACUCAGAAUACCACCCCCGUUGCUGCACCCGGAGGUUUUGAGCUACCCAACCCGGAUAGCUUGGACCAUCAGGCAGAUAAACUCUCAGACCAAGCACCACUCAAAAAGCCAGCGGCGCAGUCUCAGCCUGAGGCAAGCAAUACCUCCCCACAAACUGCAACUGCUCCCCCAGAAGUGGAGAAAGAAGUUGAGGGGCAGAAAGAACCAGAGAUUUCUUCUACGAUAGAGAAGGAGGUUGACGCGCAGACAGAACUGGAAACUCCCCCCUUGAAGGAGAAUGAGGUCGAAGAGCAGAGGGCUACGGGAGCUCCCCCAGAAAUGAAAAGAGAGCCCGAGAAACAAUCAGAGCCGGAAGGACAGUGUUCUACUGCCACACCUCCAGCCUUCAAUGUCCCCAUCCAGCGUAAGUUCACACCGCAAACUUAUCCCGCUUUCAAGGAAGGAUGGGCUGGGUUCUCUCGCGGUUUUGCCUCCCAUGGGACCAUUCAAGCAAAUCUGGAGAAGAUGAAGGAGUCGUUAAAGGAGCCCACAAUCCCUCAGGCUCGUCCCAACCUGCUUGCCCUCAAUGCUCUUUACUCCAUGGAGCAGGCCCAACAAUCGCUCCUCACCCUCACUAAGGAGUACCUGGGUGGAGCAUUAGGGAACUACCGGGCCGUGGUGGCCCUGAAGGAGAAGGAGUUGGCGGCCAGGGCUCUGCAACAGAAAGUUGAUUCUCUGGAGCAACUAGCUCAGGCCCUUCAAGAAGAAAAUGCCCGGCUCAAGGAAAAUUGCUCUACGGAACUAGCAGCUGAAAGGUCCAGAGUCCAGUCCCUGCAAGAGCAAAUUGCUGCUUAUCAAAGGGGGACUCAAGAUCUGGAAAUGCAGUUCGACAGAUUCCGGGCACAAAUCUCCAUUCUGGAAUCAAAGGCCUCAGCUUCAGAAGACAAGGAGGCCAAGUAUGAGGGCUCCCGUCUUAACGAACUCGCGUUGAAGCACAUGGAGGCGAGACGGCUUACCCUCGAGAAGUUGGGGAAAGAGAGACAGACUGCCAGCGAGCUCCAGUCAAGGAUGGGUGAACUAGAGAAGGCAAUUGCUGCCCAUCAAGAGGAGGUUGUCACCCUGACUGCCCGUGCUGAAGCCCUUUAUGAAGAAGGGAAAUUUGACAUGCAACACUGCAUUUAUGAGGCGGUCUGGAGUGGUCUUCCAGCUCACCGAUCCUUGGAUGAUUUCAUCUCAUACUACGGGUUACCUCUUCCUCUUUCUCCCCCGGAUUCUCGGAGGAGAACCAUCCUCAUCUCCCCCAACAGGCAUCAGAGGGUACUCCUCCGGAUUCCGGCGUGCUUCCUAACGGUGCCAGGACGGAAGUUUCUUCUGGCUGUCUGGGCGCGUCCCGUCCGCAAAAGAGACGCAAUCCCUACUCAGGAGCUUCCCGGUUGGUCUCAGAUGGGCCCAGCCAACCGGCUUAUGCACUUAAGUGGUGAAAAACUCUGGUCAAACAUUGGGAAUCCUCAACCGCUUCGUUCGCCAAUCGCUUGGUCUUUUACAUCUUUUAACUGCAUCCAUCACUUCCCAACAAUCCUUUCCCCCUUCACUAUAAAUGGGAAAGGAUGGUUUGCUGCUGGUUCAUCCCUUUCUGAUUUCUUCACCAUGGCCAGUAAAUCUCAGAGUAAAGUCUUCAUCGACCUAACCCAUUCUGGGACAUCUUCUUCUUCGGAUGACGAUCUCUCCGCCUCUCCGGCUCAAUCCAAUGACUUGGCUGGGUUGAGUCCUGACGAGUUCUCAAGACUUUAUCCAGCACCUCGUCUUCCUGCACCAUCUCCUCCUAGUCCACCCAGGCUUCCAUCCGGGGGAUAGAUUGGGACUCUAUGACCCUUCAAGACUUCGCCUUGUACCAGAGGAUGCGCAGGGCCAAACUUGGGCGUUCUUUGCCGACUGCCGAGGCGGAGCCUUCGCGUGAAAUCCGGACUGCUUCUCCAAACUUGCUGAAGUCUCUCAAUGAUGGUUCUUCAUUGGGAGUUCCAGCUCCUCGUCCAGGGAUGUGGGAAGACAAUGACAUAGAGGAAGCAGCUGAUUCCACCGCGUGCCCCUCGUCGAAGAAAAGGAGCCCAUGGAA